AUGUCUGACUCGGAGGAUGACGUUGUUCUUGCUCAAAGAACCAAAAGAUCAACAACAACUAAACCAAAAUUGGAAGAUGAUAGUGAUGAGGAUGAUGUUCCUUUAUCUCAAUUGAAUGCUACAUCAACCACAGAAACUUCUCUGUCAGCUCAAAGUCAAACUUCAGACGAUGGAGACGUUCCGUUGGCUAAACAAGCUAAAUCAAGUCAAAAACGUAAAGCAUCAUCAAAACCAGCACAACCAAAAAAGAGAGUAAAAAAGGAAGGAUCAGAUGAAAAGAAACCAAAGAAAUCAACUUCUAAUGGUAACACCAAGGCAUCAACUAAUGGUGACAAAAAACCAAAGAAAGAAAAAACACCCAGUCCGGAUGGUGAUGGUGAUGGUGAUGAUGACGAAGAUGAUGGAACUUAUAAAUGGUGGGAAGAACAAAAAGAUGACGAUACCAUCAAGUGGGAUACAUUGGAACAUAAUGGUGUUAUGUUUCCACCUGAGUAUGAGCCAUUACCUUCACAUGUUAAACUAUAUUAUGAUGGUAAACCAGUUGAUUUGCCACUGGCUGCUGAAGAAGUUGCAGGUUUUUUCGGUGCAUUGUUAGAAACUGAUCAUGGUAAGAAUCCUGUUUUCCAAAAAAAUUUCUUUCAUGAUUUUUUGGAUGUUUUAAAAGAAUCUGGUGGUUGUAAUGUUCAAAUCAAAGAAUUUGAAAAAUGUGAUUUCACAAAGAUGCAUCAAUAUUUUGAAUUGAAAAAGGAAGAGAAAAAAUCAAUACCAGCUUCUGAGAAGAAAAGACUUAGACAAGAGAAAGAAGAAGAAGAAGCACCAUACAAAAUUUGUUUAUUAAAUGGUAGAAAAGAACAAGUUGGUAAUUUCAGAGUUGAACCACCAGGUUUAUUCAGAGGUCGUGGUGCACAUCCAAGAACUGGUAAAUUGAAAAGACGUGUUUUCCCUGAAGACAUCAUUUUGAAUUUGGGUAAAGAUGCACCAGUCCCACCAGCUCCAGAAGGUCAUAAAUGGGCUGAAGUUAGACAUGAUAACACAGUUUCUUGGUUAGCCAUGUGGAGAGAAAAUGUUUUAAACGCUGUCAAAUAUGUGAGAUUCGCUGCUAAUUCUUCAUUGAAAGGUAUGAGUGAUUACAAAAAAUUUGAAAAGGCAAGAGAAUUAAAAUAUCAUAUUGCAAAAGUUAGAGAAGAUUAUGAAGGUAUGCUUCGUGAUAAAUUGAUGUUGAAUCGUCAGAUUGCUACUGCCACUUACUUGAUUGAUAUCUUUGCUUUAAGAGCGGGUGGUGAAAAAUCAGAAGAUGAAGCUGAUACUGUCGGUUGUUGUUCUUUAAGAUAUGAACAUAUCACUUUAAGUCCACCAACAACUGUUGUUUUUGAUUUCUUAGGUAAAGAUUCUAUUAGAUUUUAUCAAGAAGUUCAAGUUGCUCCACAAGUUUUCAAGAAUUUAAAACUUUUCAAAAAGGCACCAAAGGGACCAGGUGAUCAAUUAUUUGAUCGUUUAGAUCCUUCAAUUUUAAACAAACGUUUCCAUAGUUAUAUGCCAGGUCUUACAGCUAAAGUUUUCCGUACAUAUAAUGCUUCAAAGACUAUGCAAGAUCAACUUGAUUUGAUUCCAAAUGAAGGUACACCUGCUGAAAAGGUUACAAAGUUCAAUGCUGCCAAUAGAACUGUUGCUAUUUUAUGUAACCAUCAAAGAACCGUGGCUAAAGGUCACGAUGCUGCUAUGCAAAAGAUUCAUGAUAAAUUGAAAGAAAUGCUAUGGCAAAAAAUUAGACUCAAGAAGAUGAUGUUACAAAUUGAUAAGAAUUUGAAAAAGAAGAAACCAGAAUAUUUUGAAGAAUUGGAAGAUUUAAGUAAAGAAGAUGAACUUGAAAUUCAUAAAGUUGUUAUAGAAAGAGAACGUGAUAAACAAGAAAAGAAAUUUAAAAGAGACAAUGAAAAAAGACAAGAAAAUAAAGAAGAACUUCUACCACAAUCUGAAUUAAAAGAAGCUUUGAAAAAAGUUGAUGAAUUAGAAAAAGAAUAUAAAAAAGAAGCUAAAUCUGGUAAACCAGAAGUUAAACCAGCCAAUGUUACUGUGGAGAAAUUAGAAGCUCAAGUUGAAAAAUUGGAACAAAGAAUUACAAAUACUUCUAUUCAAAUGAAAGAUAAAGAAGAUAACUCUGAAGUUUCAUUAAGUACUUCAAAGAUCAAUUAUAUUGAUCCAAGAUUAUCAGUUGUUUUCUGUAAAAAAUUUGAUGUUCCAAUUGAAAAGAUUUUCACCAAAACUUUAAGAGAAAAAUUCAAAUGGGCUAUUGAAUCAGUUGAUGAAAACUGGAGGUUUUAA